CAUACUAUCAGAACUAAAUUCCAUCCACUCAUUGCAUCACUCCUCUGUUGAUAACGCAGCACUGUGUUCCGCUUAGGCGCUGCCAUUUUUUAAUCACGCGGGUUGAAAUGGGGGGCUUUUAUUUUGAUUCAGUCUCUCCAGCAUUCCGUCGCAGGAAGUUGACGAAGGCGUGAGUUCUUCACUGCUCACACGCAUCUGUUGUCGUGUUCAAAGCUUGGCUGGACCACGUGAAACAACAGUGAUCAUUGGCGGACGGUAAAGGCAAGCUGCAUACUUUUUAAAUCAUGGCGGCUCAGUUUUGAGCAGUUGUUUUGAAAACGAAAGUUAUUUUGCACGUUGUUAGUUAAAAUGAUGCAGAAUUGUUUGCUAAAUGGAAUCUCGUGCUAUUCUUGCGCUGUAUUGGAUGAGGCGUAUCAUUAGGUAACUGUUCGCAGAAGCUGAGAAUUCAAUUUGCCAGUUGCCCUGCUCGUCUUGAAGAUGGAUAAAGUCGAUGGAAACACGAUGCUUGAACUUCCUAAAAAGAAGCUAGCUGCAGAAAAGAUGGAGCGUGGGAUGGGUUGUGGUGCUUUUAAAGAUCGCCUCUCUUCUACCAUAGAGAGGGAGGUGAAAGCAACUUCCCGAGGCAUCAUUAGUAACAUUUCAGACUUGAUGGACAGAGAAAUUUGUAAUUUGCAGUCGCAGAAAGCAACGCACCUGGGCAAGUUUUUGAGAAUCGGCUCUGAGACUGAGACGUGUUUAUCUCAAAUCAUCGAGGCGGCCGUCCGGUCAGCAGUGGGCAUCGUCGUCUCCCAGUUUGCGUGGCUUGCUGAUCAACGGUUUGCAGAGGUGCAACUCGAAAGUUCCUUGAAAGAUAAAGAAAUCAAAAGUCUGAAACUGCAACUGGAGAUCGCCCAGUGUGAAGUCAGUGCAGUGCGCGAAUAUCAAGACCCUCCUGAUCAGACGAUCGCACCACCUCGACCGAUUGAGGAGGCCGGAGGAAGAGAUAUAGAGGAAGAUGCCAUCCUAAUAGCUGAAGGAGUGUCACAUACUGAAACCGUUUUCACAGAAGGAGAUAGCUCUGACUCUUUUCAAGCAUCUUCACAGCCUGGCGUUGUCAGCAGUUUAAGUGUGCUUAGUUCUGGACACACUGAAGAAAAUAAAAAGCUGUAUGCUUCUCUUGGUGAAAAAUAUUUCAACAAAGAAAAUGAUGAUGAAGAAUUUGUCUACAUUACCUUGGAGGUUUGUGGCCAAGAAUCCAUUGCUAACCGUGGUGACCCAUGUAAUCAAGACUCUGCUGUCUCUAACCUCCAGAGCAUUCGUCCAGCAGAGGAAGGUAAUGGGUCCUCCGCUGUCUCCGAAAACCAGGAGCAGGAACAAAUUUCCACACUUGGCUGGGCUCAGACAAAUUUACAAAAGCAUGGCAACACAUCUCAGCCUUCAUUUAGCCAGACCUCAAAAAACCGUGGUGCCUUAUUGCAAGAGGAAAAUUCAGGCAGUCCUCUGUCUAAGAUCAUAAGCGUAUCCGACUUUUUGCAUCAUUUUGGGGUACCCGUGGUAAGUCUAAGCCGGAUAAGGGCAGAUGAAAUCCUCAAGUGGACAAAGCUAUCGGGAAAUGCAUAUGAUUGCCCGUUCUGUUGCAAAAGUACCAGACGCAGGGAUUUUUUCCUACAUCAUCUGAGAGAUCACUUUGGAGAGAUGCCAUAUUGCUGUUCAAAGUGUGGUAAGCGAUUUUCUAGUAAACGUGGGCUCGACCAGCACAAGACGGCGCACAAACCAAAAAAAAAGUAUAGCUGUGCUGAAUGUGAAGUGAAGUUCACGACAAAAGGCCAACUUCUGCAACAUCAUGCAAUGCAUUUUGAUGGAAAGGAAUGCUACAAAGAUGAAUAUGGGAAACAAACGGCAUUGACCGCUCCUCUUCGGCUGCAGCAGCGAAUCCCAGCAGGAGAGCAGUUGUACUGCUGUACCGAAUGUGGGAAAAAGUUCAAUUUAAAGAUACAUUUUUUGUUGCACCAGAGAAUCCACCAGGAGAAGCCGUUUUGCUGCAUUGAAUGUGGAAAAAGCUUUGCUCAAAAAAACAACCUUGCCAAUCAUAUAUGCUCUAAAACAAAAGACAGCGAUCACUGCUGCAGUGAAUGUGGAAUAAGCUUCUUUAAUGAAAAAGCUCUUCGGAGGCACAGGCAAGUUCAUCUGGUAGCAGAGGACCACAGCUUUAGUGAAUGUAGCAUAACUGAAGACACUAAAAAGGAUCUGCUGAAGCCUGUGAAGUUUCACAAAGCAGAAAGUGGGAUAACUGUUUCUAACAAACAUAAUCUUCUUGAAAACAUUGAAGGUCACAAGGCUGCAAGUGGUCAUGGCUGCAACGAAGGUGACCUAACAGUCUCUAACAAAGAUGAUCUUGUGAAACACAUGAAAGUUCACAAGGUAGCGGAAGGGUAUGAUUGCAGCAAGUGUGACGUCACUGUCCCUAGAAAAAAAGAUCUUUUGAAGCACAUGCAAGUUCACAACACAGCAAAAGAAUACUGCUGUAGAAAAUGUGAUGCAAAGUUUUCAUACAAAAAAGCUUUUUUGAAACAUGCCCAAAGCCACAACGUGAAAUCUGGAUAUCCCUGUGCUGACUGUAACAUAACUUUCUUAAAAAAAGUGCAACUUCGAAAACAUGCAGAAGUUCACAAAGUGGAAACAAAUGGUGAUUAUUGCUGCAGUACCUGUGGAAAAUCAUUCAGUUUAAAGAUGAACUUGCGGCGGCAUCAACGGGUGCAUUCUGGGGAGAAGCUGUACUGCUGUAACGUAUGCGGGAGUAAAUUUCUUCGGGAAUGUAGCCUUCAUACUCAUCAGUGUGCACAUGAGCGCGAAAAGAUAUUUUCUUCCACUGAAAGUGAGCCGACAUACACUUUCAAGGAGACUCCGAAGGAAACUGAGAGCAUUCAGGAUGGAGUCAAAUCAUCAGGCUCUUCUGUUGACUCCAAAAACAAUACUGAUAACAAAAGUGACAAAGAGUAAGAGUGAGCAGCUGUGAAGAUGAGGUGCACCGUUAUGUGUAAAGAUAAGUGUGUUCAGUGAUUUCCUGUACUAGGAAAGCUAUCACUGUAUAGACAGGAGCAGAAUAAGCUAAAAACACAUACAUGAAGAUUGUCUCUUCAAACUCAUAUGUGGUCUAGUAGGGUGCUAAGUGCUGACCUGGUAUGUUGUUGCACCUUAUGGUCACUUAAUGGUCAGAAAUACUGCAUAUGCUUUGUAAUAAUCAGCAUCCGGUAGGAACCUUCAGUUAACACCACUCCUUGAUUAGAAUUGCAGCUAUAUUGAAAUAUUUUCAGUAGACAGUAUUUUUAGCACCCAGCCGGUAUAGUAUGUUCAGUAAAUCAAUAUUAAUUGAAAAGGAAUGAAAUGUGGAAAAAGUUGGCAUUAACAAACUGACACUCCAGAGGCAAAAUAUGAUGAAGCAUUUAUCUACUUCAAGCCAAAAAGUCCUUCCAAAACUUCUGCAAAGAAAACCAGUCCGAAGGAGUGGUGGUGGUGGUGGUGGUUGUGUUGGUAGAAAUAAAUUUGGUAUGUGCUUUUGUUAAUUUUGCACUCUUGACAAGCAGGCUAAGUGCCCAGAAGGAACACUAGACGUCUUUAACCUUGUGUAGGUGACUAUAGGAAAAAUGGCAUGACCUACAUAUUUGUAAAUAAGUGAGAGUAUCCUAGCUCCUAAAAUAAUCAGUCUGCCUGCAAAAAUACAUUGCUGCUUGAGACUGGGCCUGCAUAUUUUGUCAGCUUUCCCAAAAGUGGAUAAUGAAACCCUUAAAAACGUGACUUAUAGACGCAUGCUUUAUCUGUUUUAAAGAUGUGCUGGUGAUCGUGCCAUUAGCAGUAUAACAGUAGCUUCAGCUUGGUUACUCCUAAUAAAUAAAGUCAUCAGAUUCAAGAAAGCAAUUAAAAAACAAAACAAAACAA